CGACUACUGGGCGCAGUAACAUGGCCGAACUCGCCGCCUUCAUAGACCAGAAAUCCCCCGGAGAUGAUUAGAGUACCAAGAUGGCCGGCAGUCGGGUGUACUAAGAUGGCGGAGAGGUUCCUUCCACAGCGAAGGGUGCAGGGGAGUCCCAACAUGGCGGCGCUUCCGGUUCGGAGGAGGGCUUACCAGAGCGAUACGGGCCGGAUCCCUUCCCCCACUCAGCCCGCUCCCCGUCAGCGCGCCGCCCGUGACGUCACCCAGCCGCGACACAGAGCCGGAGACAGAGAAGCGCGAUUCCCGGAGCCCGAGAAGGGGAUGAGAGGGCACGGGAGAGCCUGUUACCCGGACAUAUCCCUGCGAUGAGGCACGCCCCAGUCCAGCGCCACCUGCCGCCAUUCUCCCCCCACUGCCUGGCUCGAGCCAAGAAUGACAAACUCUUUUACACCCAAGGGGAAGAAAGUUGGGGUGAAGAGGAGGAUGAGGAGGAGGAGGAAGGCCUCAUAAGAGCAUGUACCCCCCCUCCCAGGCCGCGGCGGGGCCGACGGCAGCGGCUGCGCAAUAUGCGCUCCCUGUACCUGCGCCUGUACAAGCGCUCCGCCGUGCUGCCUUUCCAUUGGAAGCUCUGGGGAGGCCUGGGGGGGAGGAGGAAAAGAUUAUGGCGGAAGGGGCGGGAAGGUGGCAGCUGUUCCGCGGGGGCGGAGCUGGAUAAAGCACAUGGCAGGGGAGCGGAAGAAGUAGCUUCACUGGCCAAUCACGUUGCAGAAGAGGAGACAGAGCCACCCCACGGACUGCCAAACGGAUUCUCUCCGCUGCCGUCAGAGUCUGACCCCAUCCUCAUCACAAAUGUCUGCACUGUCGGCAACCAGGAGACUCCUGCUACCAACGGGCCCCUCCCCCAGGAAGAACUGACCCCACCCCCUGAGAAGGAAGCUCCACCCACUGUCACCCUGACGCAGGAGCACGUGGCCUGUGUGCAAAGCAUACUCGACCAGUUCCUGCAGACCUACGGCAGCCUCAUACCCCUAGGAACCGAUGAGGUUGUGGAGAAGCUCGAGGAUGUGUUCCAGCAGUCCUUUUCUACCCCAGCCAGGAGAACUGUGGUGCAACAUGUGAUCCAGUCGUACCAGCGCCACCCGGGGAACGCAAUGUUACGGGGGUUCCGGGUCACCUACAAGCGCCACGUGCUGAGCAUGGACGAUCUGGGCACGCUCUAUGGGCAGAACUGGCUCAAUGACCAGGUAAUGAACAUGUAUGGAGAUUUGGUUAUGGACACUGUGCCAGACAAGGUUCAUUUCUUCAACAGUUUCUUUUACGAUAAACUGCGAACUAAAGGCUACGAAGGGGUUAAGAGGUGGACGAAAAACGUGGAUAUCUUUAACAAACAGUUGCUCCUUAUCCCUAUACACCUCGAGGUGCACUGGUCUCUUGUCUGUGUGGAUGUACCGAACCGGACCAUCACUUACUUUGAUUCCCAACGCACUCUAAACAGACGCUGUCCCAAGCACAUAGCCAAAUACCUCCAGGCUGAGGCAGUUAAGAAGGAGCGGCCCGAGUACGUCAGCGGCUGGAAAGGAUUUUUCAAGAUGAAUGUUGCGAGACAGAACAAUGACAGUGACUGUGGGGCGUUCGUAUUGCAGUACUGUAAGUUCCUCGCCCUGGGACUCCCAUUCACCUUCGGGCAGCAGGACAUGCCCAAGCUCCGGCGGCAGAUCUACAAGGAGCUGUGCCACUGCAAGCUGGCGGUGUGACGCCCCCCCAGGAGCCAUUAUUGCAGGGGACUCUGCGGAGCCUUUUUACUUGCAGCGGCCUCUCCGGGGGGGGGCUGCGCAGAGCGUCGUCUGUGUCCCCUUCCCGAGGGACCCUACUACCUGUUACCCCCGCGGGAGCCUCGCCCACCUGUACAGUGAAGGAUUCUGUGGAGAAAUGACAUCCAGCGGGAGUCCCCGCCCCUCCGCCCGUUUCGCUGGUGGUCUUUCCUCGUCCUGUGCCCCCCCCUUUCCACGAUAUCCCCCCCCCCCCCCAAACACUUUAUUCUUUGCCUACUUUUUUUUUUUACACAGUUCAUUUCUUAUUUAAAUGUUUUCUGGGACAAAUUUGUAGUUUUUUUUUUUUUUUUGUCAAAAAAUAAAAUGGAAAAAAAGCAGCUGAAUAAAAAAGUUGUAUAGUAA